UACACCCACACGGAGCCAUAAAACCCUGAGGAGCCUGGGUGGGAGGAGCAGGGCCAGUGUCUGAGUCACUGUGUGCUUGGGUCUGGAACUACAGGUCCCCGAGAGCACCGUCUACACCGAGAAGGGGACUCCAUCAUGAGGAGGCUCCUCCUGGUCACUGGCCUGCUGGCUCUGCUGCUGGGGGAGGCAGGCCCAGCUUCCCUGCCCCAGGUCCUCAUCAAGACCAAAGGCCAAGUCGGGGGUCCUGAGCGGGACACAAAAGAGGCCUGGGACGCCCGUGUGGUGGACAUUCUGAAAAUGGACAACCAGCUCCUGGGGCUGCUAGCGGCACCAAACCUUGCCACUGCCAUGUGGGAGAAACGGCAAGGCACCAAGGCCCAGGCAGGGAUGGAGGACACCCUGGGCCAUGUUCCAAGCCCCAGGUGGGAUCCUGAGCUGGACCGUGAUGACCUGUACCACCCAGCACCCGAGGAGGCCAGGGAGGCCCAGGAUGAGGCAGGGCUCUGGCCCUGGGCACUGUCACUUCCCCAGGCGCUUCAAGGGCCAGAGGAGGACCGAGACCACAUCUACCACCCUAGGGAGGAUUCUGGGGAGCCCUGACCCCUCCCCAACUGGAAAAAUAAAUCUCGUAGGGGUGGAGGCCACAUGUGUCUUCAGCAACAGUGA